UUUGGAAUUUAAAUCGUAUCGGCCAAUCAGCGGCGUGCAUUCUGCUUCAAAACCAACGGCGGCUAUAGGGCCGGGAGCAGAGGGAGCGCAGAGCCUAGUCCGUACCGAGCCGCGUCCCCCUCCUGCCGCCCGCAUUCUUCAUACAAACACCCCCCCCCACCGCCUCCUCCGUACAGACAUGGCACAGCCAGACACCGGCAAGACGGCCGCUCAGCCCGCCAAACCUCCCGGCAUCCCGGGCGCCGCCAAAGAGAUCCCCGAGAUCCUAGUGGAUCCCCGAACCCGCCGGCGGUACCUCCGCGGCCGCUUCCUCGGGAAGGGAGGCUUCGCCAAGUGUUAUGAGAUCACCGACCUGGCCAGCCGGGAGGUGUACGCCGGGAAGAUCGUCCCGAAGACUAUGCUGCUCAAGCCGCACCAGAAGGACAAGAUGACCAUGGAGAUCGCCAUCCAGCGCAGCCUCUCCCACCUCCAUGUGGUCGGCUUCCACGGCUUCUUCGAGGACAACGACUUCGUCUAUGUGGUGCUGGAGCUGUGCCGGAGGAGGUCCCUGCUGGAGCUGCACAAAAGGAGGAAAGCGGUGACGGAACCUGAAGCUCGCUAUUACCUACGACAGACCAUCAUGGGCUGCCAGUAUCUGCACAGCAACAAAGUGAUCCAUAGAGAUCUCAAACUUGGAAAUCUCUUCCUCAAUGAUGACAUGGAUGUGAAAAUAGGUGAUUUUGGACUUGCCACCCAAGUGGAAUUUGAUGGAGAGAGAAAGAAAACGCUGUGUGGGACACCAAACUACAUUGCACCGGAAGUGUUGGGCAAGAAGGGCCACAGUUUUGAAGUUGACAUCUGGUCUUUAGGAUGCAUAAUGUACACACUACUGGUUGGGAAGCCCCCCUUUGAGACCUCAUGCCUUAAGGAGACCUACAUAAGGAUCAAGAAAAAUGAGUACGCUAUUCCUAAGCACAUAAACCCUGUAGCUGCAGCUCUCAUACAGAAGAUGCUCCGUUCAGACCCUGCCACCAGGCCAACCAUAGAUGAGUUACUGACUGACGAGUUUUUCACCACCGGCUACAUCCCCGCCCGCCUUCCCACUACAUGCCUGACAGUGCCUCCCCGAUUCUCCAUCGCACCAAGCUCUAUUGAUCCAAGCUUUAGGAAACCACUUACUGCAAUUAACAAAGGCCAAGAUUUGCCAAUGGUUGAGAAGAAUGCAGUGAAGGAUGAAGAUCUGGCCCCACCAGAGUGCACAGAGCCUGCGGAUUGUUACCUGUCCGAUAUGAUGCAACAACUGACUAGUAUCAAUGCUGCUAAGCCCGCUGAGAAGGCUGUAGUCAACCAGGAUGAAGCAGAGGAUCCGGCCUGCAAUCCAAUUUUCUGGGUUAGCAAAUGGGUGGAUUACUCUGACAAGUAUGGACUAGGAUACCAGCUUUGUGAUAACAGUGUAGGCGUUCUCUUCAAUGACUCCACUCGGCUGAUAAUGUACAAUGAUGGUGACAGUUUACAGUACAUUGAGAGGAAUAAUUCAGAGUCUUAUCUCAAUGUGCGCUCUUACCCAUCAGCACUGACAAAAAAGAUCACACUACUGAAAUACUUCAGGAACUACAUGAGUGAACACCUUCUGAAGGCUGGCGCCAACAUCACUCCCCGGGAGGGUGACGAGCUGGCUCGCCUCCCGUUCCUGCGUACCUGGUUCAGGACAAGAAGUGCAAUAGUCCUACAUCUCAGCAAUGGAACCGUUCAGAUUAACUUCUUCCAGGAUCACACAAAGAUCAUUCUGUGUCCUCUUAUGGCUGCUGUCUCCUAUAUUGAUGAGAAGCGGGAGUUCCACACUUUCAAGUUGAGCCUUCUAGAGGAAUUUGGCUGCUCAAAAGAGCUAGCAAGCCGUUUGCGUUAUGCCCGUACCAUGGUUGAGAAACUGCAGAGCUCAAAGUCUGGUGCAAUACACGUUAAGGCCCCAGCGUAGCUGGACUACAGACAUGAGGACACCGUCUCCUGAAUGAGGAACUUUGUGCCAGCAUGUUGGCUGUAGAUGGUUUUUAUUCCAGAGCCAAGAAGUGGUAAUGACUAUGGUUAUGUAAGGUUCAAGAUUCUACUGCCCGCUAGUGCUGGUUGGAGCCCCUUUGUACUGGCAAGCUGGGUGGUAUCAUGAUACCUUUGUCUUAAGCAAGAGCUUGUUCUGUCUGUCACUUAUUAAUGUUGUCAGGUUUUAAUGUAAAAUAUCCGCUUUAUAACUUUUGUAUAUUAAUAUCAGAUUAAAGUUCUUUGUAUAUGAAUUGA